AUGGCGCUGUGCUGCAUGGCAUGCUGCAUCCUCUUCUGGCUGCUGGUCGUCGCCGUCGGCGUGGCCGUGCUCGUCGUCUUCCUCGUCUACCACCCCAAGCCACCCCGGCUGCGCGUGACCUCCGCCACCCUGAACACGGGGCACAUCGACAGCGACGCGCGGGAGCUCAGCGCCGACCUCACCGUCCUCGCCGCCAUCUCCAACCCGAACGCCAAGCUCCACAUCGUGCUGCGCUACAUGCAGCUCGGCCUCUACUUCGAGGGCGGCAUGAUCGCCGCGCAGGCGGUGUGGCCGGCGCCGCUGCACGAGGGUCCCCGCGGCACCGUGCUCCGGACCGUGCGCCUGGUGGCCAGCAACGUGACCAUGGCGCCUCCGGCCGUGUUCGUGUGGCAGAACGCUACGACCAGUGGCGGGGGGCCGGUGGUGCUGGAGCUCGCCGGCCGGUUCCACACGCAGCUCAACGUCGGCCGGUGGCUGAGGUACAGAUUCUGGGCCAAACCGCGGUGCACGCUCUGGCUCGACCCGCCGCCGGGCGGCGCGCUCCGGCGCUCGCAGUGCUGA